AUGCCAGGGCGAGCUAGCUCUGCAAUGUUUAGCGUGCGCCGAGAGAAGUUUUAUCACCGUUUUUGGGCGAUCCGGCACAUCAAUUCUUGUGCCAGCAUCAUCAAGCAGCCAAAAUACAUCUGUGAGUUGUGCGAAACGACAUUCGAACGGAUCGAUGAACUAAGAAGACACUUUCAAGACUGUGCAAGUGAUUGUUUUACAAGUCUUCAGUUGGAGAACAACAACACGAAUUCGGAGGAAGAAUUAGAUAUGUUCAAGUACUUUGCCAACUCAUCGGAGAUAUUAAGGAAAAGCGUGAGGGAAUACGGACAUGAACGUUUUUAUGCGCACUUCUGCGUGGAGUGCCGCGAACCCAUCAUCGAUGAAACAUCGGUCGACGCAGUAGACUGCGAUGAAUGUAAAGUUAGUUGCCUGCUGCAGUGCAACACGUGCAAAUGUCUACACGAGACUUACGAGUCCAUUAUUGAGCAUUUAAAGGGGAGCUAUUGCGGAUAUAAGAUGCAAUUAGCGGUGGACCCGGAUGCUCAACUUCACGAACAGGCGUGAAAAAUUAUAAGAUGCACAAAGGCUAUUGCAAACAGAAUCGACCGUCUGGAGAUGUUUCAAUGCCCAAGGAAAGUGACGCAGCUUAUCACACAUACAUCGUGCACAAUCAUGGUUUACGUUCGAAUACAUAUGUAGAACCUUAAAACGUUUUUUAAUUGUCGAGAUGAUUUAAUUUUUUACUGUACUUAUUUAUUUAUCGUAAAAUAAAAAAUUUUUAACCGCUCAAUCAUUAUAUGCUUGUCUUUUAUUGAAUGAAAAACUGAAGUAUACUUUAUCCUCUUAGAAAAUAUUAUAAUUUCCAACUCCACAAAUAACGUUUUCCUAUUCAAAAACGUAAGAUCGUUACUGCGUGUGCAAA